CCACUUCUCGGCAAGGCUGUACAUUUUUUUGAAGGCGAAAACCCUACGCCUGGGUCGGCCACGACGCUCGCAGACGCAGGGCAAGAAUGGCGCAAAUCCACCUGGAGUCCAUGCAGACCGCCGUCCCCACGCGCGUCGCGCUGGAGCGCGGGCGGACGCUGCCCAUCGCCGUGACCGGGCCGCCGAUCGCGGCCGCGGAGCUGCAGCACCGGUUCCGCGUCGUGCUCUACUACCACGACCGGCUGGAGGGCGAUGCGAUGGCGCAGCUGGAGCAGGCCGCGUGGGUGCAGGAAUCGCUCAGCGCGGCGCUGGCCGACCACCCGAAGAUGGCCGGGCGGCUGUGGCGGCGGCGGCACGCCGCCGGCCGCGGCGAUGGGCCGUGGGACUGGGACGUGAAGCUCUGCGACGCCGGCGUGCGGCUGCUCAUGGCGUCGGUGGACACGACCCUGACCGCGUUCCUGGAGGCGGAGGACCGCGAGAGCAAGGAGCCCGCGCUGGCGCUCUGGACGGACGUGGAGGCCAAGGACCCCGAGAAGUGUUCCCCUUUCGUCAUGCAGUUGACGCGGUUCCAUGGCGGCGGCUACGCCAUCGGCGCGUGCUGCAGCCUGCUCCACGCCGACCCGCUGUCGUUCAUCGACUUCCUCAAGUCGUGGGCGCGCACGCACGCGCAGCUGCAGGCGCAGGACAAGCUCGUCCCCGACCACAACCAGAUGCUACGGUACACGCACUACUUCCGAAACCCAGGCGCCGCCACGAGGCGUCUCAGGUCCACCCCCCUCGUCUCCGUGGCCGGCGACGCCGCGGCCACCGUGCUCUUCAGGGUCGCCGGCGACGCGCCGGACCGCCGCGCGCUCGCCGAGGCGUGCGUCGCGCAGGCCAGCGAGAAGCUGGGGGUGGAGAAGCCGACGCGGUUCACGGUUCUCGCCGGCGACGGCCUGGGAGGGCUGAACGUCCUGCGUUCCCGCGCGGGAGGUGACGGGGAGAUGACGCCGCCGCCUCCGGGACACUUGCUUCGAGGCGCGUGCUGGCAAGAGGCUGGUCUCGAGGAGGCCGUGCUGGAUCUGGAAGGGUGCAAGCCCGUGCACGUCUCCUGCAGCAUCGUCUCGCCGUGCGCCGAGGAGGGGAUCGUCGUUGUGAUGCAGGCAGGGGCCGGUGCCGAGCUCUGGGUCAGUGCGACUGUUCCGAGCAGGAAGUGAUCAAGGUGGACACGCCACGUCACAUGAUAUACGUCCACGUAUUUUAGUGGCAAAAAAUAGCGCAAUAACAAACAUACUGUUGCAAGUGGAAUCGAGAGAACGAAAACGAAAGACAAGAAUCGACGAGAAUGAAUGGGUGUACUUUAUUG